AUGGGCACUUAUCGCUUGAUCGGGACUUGGGUGUUGAGCUGCUAUUUUAGCAGAUUUCUAUAUACGGCUGGAAGCUCGAGGAUCUGUUCGGAACCUCAUUCGGAGUCCAGCUUUAUGGCCGAUGCUUUGAUGGUUCUGAUGGGUGAGUUGGAUGUGAUAGCAGCUCUUUACAUGCUGCGAGGGAAUGGUAACGAUCGCGCCGAGCUCCUCAAGACAUCUGUCGAACAGCUGGCUCGCAAUAUUCACAUGUUGGUGGCUGCCUGGGGUUACUCGUUUAGUUCCCAACUUGCUUGUUUCUGGAAGGCUGGUAUUAUUUCUCUUAUUUGGAGCAUUUGGACGCAGCGUAACAAUUGUAUCUUUGAUGACGACAAAUUUGAGGCUAAAAAGAUUUUUCACUCGAUUAAGGUGACUUUUCGGGAAAUGGAGGAGAAUUUUAAAUUAGGUGCUAUGGCAAACACUUGGGAGGAUCUCUCGAUCCUUAAAAAGAUUGGGAUAAAAGGUCGUGCUGCUAUUCCGCCGGACUUUAUAAAUGUUUACUGGUGGCCUCCUUCUAACCAUUGGAUCAAGGUUAAUACGGACGGCUCUGCGUUGGGGGCGCCGGGAAAGAUUGCUGCUGGAGGAGUCUUUCGUGAUAAUCAUAGUACGGUGCGUGGUUGCUUUCAUAAAAAAAGAGGGAUUGGCUAUGCGUUCGAGGCGGAACUUCUUGCGGUAAUAACCGCUAUUCAAUAUGCUAAUGACCGCAAUUGGUUUUAUCUUUGGUUGGAGUCAGACUCUACUUAUAUUGUUCGCCUUAUCCAAGAUCGUUCUUUACUUGUUCCUUGGCGUUUCAUGGCCUCGUGGAAAAGGAUUCUUGUGCUUCUCGAUAAAUUCCAUCUUUAUGUUUCUCAUAUAUAUCGGGAAGGCAACAAGGUGGCGGACAUCCUGGCUGCGGAUACUAGGUAG